CGUCCCGACGCUUUUCCACGUCGCCCGCCCAGCCCUGUUCCUGCCGCGCACCCAACGGUUGAGCCUGGGGAGGCUGCGCGCGCUCUUGCAAAGGCCGGGGAAAAAAUGGCGGCGCCCGUUCUGCGAGUGUCCACCCCUCGAUGGGAGAGGAUAGUGCGGCUGCUUGUGUGUCUCUCAGGAAUCUUGCUGUCCCUCUACGCUUUUCAUGUGGAACAGGAAAAGACCCGCGACACCAAUUACCGCGCCAUGUGCGACGUGAGCAGCUCGGUUAGCUGCUCCAAAGUCUUCACGUCCAGGUGGGGUCGAGGAUUUGGACUGUUAGGAUCCAUCUUUGGGAACGACAGCGCAUUAAAUCAGCCAAAUAGUGUCUAUGGAAUUCUCUUCUAUGUGUUUCAACUGUUACUGGGUUUAACAGCCAGCGCUAUGGCUGCUUUGAUUUUGAUGACCACAUCCAUCGCAUCAGUAAUGGGUUCACUCUAUCUGGGCUAUAUUCUCUACUUUGUCCUGAAGGACUUCUGCUUCAUCUGUGUGACCACAUACGCACUGAACUUCAUCCUGUUUGUGCUGAACUACAAGCGACUGGUUUACUUGAACGAGGCCUGGAAACAGCAGCUCCAAGCCAAGAGAGACUAGACUAAAAAAAAACACAUGGAAGGAUAACAACAUUGAAACAAGUGGGGAAAAUCCUAAAACCUUUGAAAUUGUGACUUGCCACCAGGAGACCUUGCUUCCAAACAAAUGUUCAUUCUGUCGUGUUUAAAACAACUGAAAAAAUUGUCAUUUUUAGGGGCCACUGAUCACCGGUUUAUUGCGUUGUGAGGAAGGAUUUGGCAACAGAAACACAAAUAUCUGUUUUAAUUUCUUGUCGGUUUUGUUUGUUUCCCCGAGAUGAAAAUGAGGUUCGAUGGUGCGAGGGAUCAGGCGGAAAAUGAUACGCACUUGCAGAAAUUCCCAGUCAGUACAAAUAGCAGAGAUGGUCCUUUCUUUAAGGAAUAAAAUAACGGAGAAAACACGGAAAAACGUCAAGAUUCUGUUUACUUGAAUCUACCGGAAGAGUCUUUGCUCCCCGAUGAGCCGAGCAGAUUCCAGUAGGACUUUAAAGGUUUAUAAAGGGUAAACAUGAAUGAUUGUGAUGUUUGCAGAGUUGAUUCCAAGAGAAGAAAAGAUCGCUAUUAUUAAAACCAAGAAAUGAAAGUGUAAUUUUUAUGUUUACAGAUUUUUUUAUUGUUUUGGAAGAGGACCACUCGGAAACAUGGAAGAAUGUGAGCUGUAUGUGUGUAGAUCAGAUUUGUCUGUGACUACUUUACUUUUUUUAUGAUGUGUUUCUUUGCAGUUCUGUAAAUAGCUGACGCAAAGCAAUAUUCCCAAAUAUUAGGUUGUGUCUCACUGUUGAAACAUUAAAGCGGAACAAUACAACAAAAUGUCCCGAACUACAGCAUGUCAGUCACUUUCAGCCAUUGUUUUCAAAAGAUAAAACAAUUUUGGGAAAAGUUUACUGCAAAAUUAAGCAAAUGCUGUUUUGUCUGCCAUUAAAAAAGUCCAGUCUUGAACCAAGUUCAAGGCUGCAAUCACUAUAAACGUUUUGUAAAAUGACAUUUUGUUGACAUUCAAAGCCGUCCUAAGACUGCCCAAUUUAUUUAAAUGUGCAGUUUAAUUGAUUACAGUAAAAUAAUUCAAUGCUACAUUAAUUCACUUUUAUAUGUGACCCCUGACCACAAAACCAGUUGCACUGGUAAAUUUGUAUCAAGGGUUCCCACGGGUCCUUGAAAUCCUUAAAAGUUUGUGAAUCGGGGGGAAAUAAUUCAAGGCCCUGGAAGUUUUUGAAAAUAUACAUACAUAGAUACAGGUCAUUGAAAGUGCUUUUCUUAUUUUAUGCAAGAAGUUUUCUGAAGAAAAAACAUUGUUCCCUGUGUAGUGUAGGAUAAUAUCACAAAAUUCUAGACUUUUUAAGCACACGUGCUAAACUGUUCGCUUUAAAUGCUUACCGGUAUAUCUUCUUUAUGCAAAUGUUGAUUCAUGCCAAAAUGCUUUUGUUGCAUAGUUGUGUUUGACACAUGAAAACAUCUCGGGUUACGUAUGUAACUGUUGUUCCCUAAGAAGGGAACGAGACGCUGCGUCUCUCUUGCCAUACUUCCUGCGUCCCUGUAACGCCAUCUUUGGUAAUAUUUCAGAUAGCGAUAUACUUCCUGGCUCCGGUGUCACCCUGUCUUUGUCGCUAAGCCUCACCAUUGGUUAAAUUUGAUAUUGACAUUCAGACGCACUUACCCCUGGAGGCGUCCCCAAAGUGUCACCGCAGUGACACAGCGCGAGUUCCCUUAAAAGGAAAUUGUAACAAUGUAUCUUAAAAGGUAACACGAUGUAACCUUGCUCUCACUUGAAAUGUGUCCCCACAUUUAGUCCUUAAAUUUGAGGGCAAUGGACCUGGAAAGUACUUGAAAGGUCCUUGAAUUUGAAGUUAAAUAAGGUGUGGGAACCCUGAUCAAGAUUAUUGUUUUAAUGACAAAAAUUAUUAGGAUAUUGAGUAAAGAUCAUGUUUCGUGAUCGUUUCCUACUGUAAAUAUAUCAAAAAUUUAUUUAUCUUUACUAAUGUGUUGCUAAGGACUUAAUUUGGAAAACUUUAACCUCCUAAGACCCAAGCUUCGGUUUGUCUUAUUUUGGUGCAAACAACAAAAAAGUUCAAUAUUUAGAUUUUUUUUUUUUUUUGCACACUCAGAUGCCAGAUUCACAGCUUAUUUUUUUCAGCUUACUGAUUGAAACUCAAUAAAAAAUAAUCAUUGUAAAUGGUUUUGUGGUCCAGGGUCACAUAUUAACUUGCAAAAUGUGAAGACGUAGCCGAAUAGUUUUCAUGUCAUAAUGGAUCAAUUUUGUAAUUACAGUUUACUCACAGUAAUUCUGACGUACACUAAUGUGGGUGCUGUAAAACUGUUCGGGUUGAUUUAUUAUUUGGGAUGAGUUGAGUUAACUAUCUUUACUGCAGGUUUGUGGUUGUACUUUAACUUAAGUUUUAAUUUCUUUAUCUAAACAAUAAUAUGAGACCACACACAUUCUCCCAAGUUCAAUGUUCAGACCUACAAAUAUUUUUUGCUGUAUCUUAAUUGUUUUUUUUUUCACUUAGUUUUGUGCGUGCUGGUCACAUCACAUUCGCUGUGCUACUAUGACGAAUUUCACCCUGAAGCAAUAGCUGUCAUUUCACUGUUUAGGUUAACUAUAGACCUGAUUAAUGACCCGGCUAAGAGUAACCCACUUCUAGUCAAAAUAACCUUGAAUUUGGUUGCAUGUUGUUUUGGGCCAAAAUAACUUGAGAUUUUUAAUAUUCCAUCAUGUAAGCAAAGUCAACUGUGAUUUAAAAGCUGUUCAUUUAUUUAUUUUUAGGAUUUGGUUUGACGUCUACUAACAGCCCAUAUUUUGCAUCGUCUAGGCUAUGUUUGGACACCUAUUAGGUAAAAUUGCUUGCUGGGAUGAUAUUUCAAUUUCCCACAAUUUUUCCAGGUGUUGAGAGAGUCAGUUACUAAUAAUGCCAGCAGGAGAAUCGAACGCUGCCAUGUUUUUCCUCUUCAGUUCCUCGGCUGUACGUUGGGUAUUUUGUAUUUGGAGUGAAAGUGCAUUGAAUUGUAUUUGUGUGGAUUCACAAUAUCACUGCUUGUUGCUCGUCGUCCACCGUUUGUUGUGUAUUAGACGUUUAAUGAAAUAUUGAAGUCAUUAUUCUGUCAGUUGUCAAUACUGUAUUUAAACAAAUGGGAGGUUUUGAGUUAAUCUAUAUUAUACAACCCAGUAUUACACCAGGUGAUUGCGAGUUAAAACUUGUGUGAUGCCUAAAAUAGUUUGAGUGAUCACUGAAGUUUUUACCAACAGUUAGGUACUGGAACAUGUAAGGGAUAAAACUUAGUCACAUUAGUAAGUGAACCUGCAGAAGAGUUUAAGAUAUUUCUGAAUCAUUGGACCUCAGUCAGGAAUUGAUAGAUGGCCCACAUGUAGUCUGUCCUAUUUGUUGUGUUUCAAAUGUUUGAAUAUAUGAUUCCAGUAAAAAGUUAUUGCAGUCAUGGGCCAAAAUUCAAUUAGGCUUUUAUCCUAAGUUCAGUGAUGAAGUAAUGUUAAGUUUGCUUUGUUGAGCUAUAACUAGUUGGUAUAAUGUUUGGACUCAACCAGCUGAUACUUUGUGGCUUGAAGGAGUAGUCCAGUUUAAAGACAGGGUCCAGGGACUUUUCAUAGUAGGAAAAAAUACUAUGGUGAGUCAAUGGGCCCCAUCUAUAAAGUGGACUACUCCUUUAAAAAUGAAGGUGCUUAAAAGGUUCUUAACAGUAAUGCCAUAGCAGAACCAUUAUUGGUUACUCAGAGAACCAUUAAGUCAAAGGUUCCUUAAAGCAGGUGUUUUCAAACUUUAUGAUACCAAGGACCCCCAAAUAUGCACCUUUUGUGAGGUACCCUCUACCUAAAAUAUCAUAUAUUUUUAUGUAUAACAGACAUUAUUGGUUCCACUUAAAGUCACUGGAUGUACAAACUAGGGAUGUACGAUAUUGAGACCAUACGCCAUGCUGUUGAGCGCAAGACCUACUUGGCGUGUAUUUAGUAAGGCCCCUUCUGAUUGGUCUAAUCGAAGCAUGCAAGGCAUGUAAAAUAAAUGUUAGUUAUCGAAACUCUCUGCGAUAUGGAUAUCACAUACACUGUUAUGAUAAUAACAAUUUUUCAAUACGUCAUGCAGUCCUAGUACAAACAUGAAACUAUUUUCUAUUUAUUUGCACUUCAGCAACCUUUGACUAUAAAUCUUGUUUUAUAGCAGCUUUACAAGAAAUUUUGCCCUACAAGUCUAGUAAGUGAGAUGAGGGGAAACUGUAUAAAGGAACUAGAAAGAUACAAAUCAAAUUUAAACAAUUGUUUCUCUAAAAAGUGUUCUGGAGGCCCCGGACCCCAGUUUGAAAACCCCUGCUUGAAGAAAUCAUUUCUUUCACACCUUUAUUAACCUUUUUUGAAACUGAAAGGUUCUUUGGAUGUUAAAGCUUCUUUUUUAAAAUAUGGUUCUUCUGUGGCAUCGGUAAGCAUCUUUAUUUUUAAGAGUGUGGCUUAUGGUUGCGGUCUUGUCAAUAAACUUGAAUGCUAAUAUACUUUCUGCAUCUGCAUAAAGCAAGCAGUGAUUUUCUAUGACAUCAGCAGUCAGACUGAACGCAUCUUAAAGUGCAUCUAUUAUGGCAUUGUUACAAGAUGUAAUAAAAGUCUCAGGUGUGUCUAGAAUGUGUCUGUGAAAUUUCAGCUCUAAAUACUUCACAGGUCAUUUAUUAUAGCAUGUCCAAAAUGCCCCUAUUUGGGUGUCUGUACCUUUAAAUGUGCAGUGUGUAAUUUUUAGAAGGAUCUUUUGACAUAAAUGCAAAAUAUUAUACAAAACGAUAUUAUCAGGGGUGUAUAAAGACCUUUCAUAAUACACCGUUAAGUUUUAUUACCUUAGAAUGAGACAUUUUUAUCUACAUACAGCGAGGGUCCCUUACAUGGAAGUCGCCAUUUUGUGCCGCCAUGUUUCUACAGAAGCCCUUAACAGACAAACUUUUUUUACUAAGUUGUCUCCGACGAUGACAUGUUUGUCCGGUGGUGGCUACUGUAGCUCCUCUAUGCGUUUCAAAAGCGAGGGGUGAGCAGUGGACUGAGCCGUUGGUUGCACUGCGCAACCUCACCACUAGAUGCCGCAAAAAUUUUCACACUGCACCUUUAAACGCAAAUGAGCUACAACUCCUCACUUCUUUACAAACAGACCGCUGAGCACUUUCAGUUAAAAUGGAUGUGAUUAAUACAGUCUGAGACAAUAGUAUCUAGUAUAACUCGCUGAGGGUGGAAGCUAUGGUAAUGCAGGACUGUAAGUGGGCGGGGCUUUAUCAAUGUGACCUCACAUUGAUUAAAGAAUCAAAACGGCAUGUCUAAUGAGACUGCUUUGAUUUAAUGGGGAUUAAAAAACAAUAAGUGUGUGGAUUUUUUUAAUCGUAGGGUGGUUGUGUUCACACACUGCCAAUACACAUAUCCAAACACCUUGUAAAAGUGGAUUUUGCAUAAUGGGUGCCCUUUAAGGUAGAUUUUCAGUUCUACAGUGGAGUUUUAAAUAAAUGUCAUGCAAGGAAAGUGAAGUCUACUUGAAAUUGCAUUAGAAACUUAUUUUACUUGGGCAUCAUACCAAGAUAUUUAACAUAGAAAAUAUGUAGGUUGAAGUCAUGUCAGAUGAAUGUAAGAGUUGCUCGGAGCUGAAGCAAAGUUUUUCCAUUUAAAUGAAAUAUUAGCACUCACAUUUUCUCUGGAAUAACACUGAAUAGCAAGACAACACUGAAUAAUACCAGGAAUGUGUGUAAAGUAAAUAGGAGUCAAUUUUCUUUUGUUGUUUUGUUGCAUAUGAGUUUAUGACUUGAAAAUGUUAAAACACGACCCCCCAAAAAUUUUACAAAUAAAGUUGCCUUCACGAAUUUAAUGUCAGUAAAAGUGCCUUCUGUAUGCCACCGGGCUGUGGAGUAACUUCAGCCUUGAGUUUGAUUUAAUUUUGUUUGCCUUUCUGAUGGAAACUUCAUAAAUCCAUCUGUUAAUAUAUUGUCUCGUGUGCGUGUGGAGAAACCCAUCAUAAAAGCAGAAACUCACUAAACCCAAAUCCAGAUGUCUUGUGAAACUGCUUCAUUAUUCUUUUACUCAUAUUUGUGUUAUUUAGCUUUGGGUCACUUUCCAGAAAACCACCAGAUGAAUCUGUCCUGAGGAUGUGACUGUAAUAAUAAACAGCAUUAUUUCUUUUCCUCUUUUUAUUUUAUUUCCUAAUGUAAGUGUAAAUGUACAGACUGUUAAUGUUAUAGCUUAUUUUAGUAGAUAAAGAUAAAACUAAAAAUGGAUGGAUCAGAGAUGCGUUGGCAUCAGGUUUUUUUUUUUUUUUCAGAAAUGCAACUUCAUGGGGUAUUUUUCUGGAAACAACUUUGUGUUUAGGUUUGCUUCUGUAUUUGCCAAAUAUAAACUCAAGAAAUGCUGUAUUUUCGUACAUGAUAACAUGUUAGGAGAACAAAGGGGAACAUCGGGUGAAUCAGCAUGGAGGAGACGACAGUGAAGAGAAAAAGCGUGUCAUUAUUGUGUGGAUUUGGUCUGUCAUUAAAACAUUUCUCCAGA